UUCCCUCUCAUCCUCUCGCGCUCAUACACUGGGUACCACCAGACGAGGUCGAAAUUGGCACGGAGCAUAUCUAUUUGCCCCAUGCUGGUAUGUUCGAAUUGUUUUUACAUUGUAAACACUGGAUAUAGGUUAUUUCUUCGAAAUAUUUAAGGACCACAAAGCCCAAAUCUGGAGCCCUGCGCUCUCUCUCUCUUCUCAAAGUCUGGCACCUAGUAUCCAACCCCUCUACUUCAUACCUACAGUACACUCUGAACUCUCCCUCUCUUUCUGUCUCUCUGUCUAUCUCUCUCUCCGCCGACCCCCUCCCAGCUCCCCCCUCAGCAUCCCUGAUGCGUAAGAACACUAAGGUGACGCAGCGUGAGCAUACCAGUGAGCAUGUCACAGAGUCGGUGGCAGACCUGCUCGCUCACGAAGCGCCGCUCGACUACAAGAACAGUUCUCUGAAUGUUGGAGGGUUACCCGGGAAGAAGAUUGUUCUCGAGCCCCCCGAGAACGAUGGCCGCCCAGCCUGGAACAGCAAACUUCAGUACAUUCUGGCCCAGGUGGGCUUCUCUGUGGGGCUAGGAAACGUCUGGCGCUUCCCUUACCUGUGCCAAAAGAAUGGAGGAGGUGCCUAUCUGGUUCCGUAUUUCAUCCUCCUCAUCCUCAUCGGCGUCCCGCUCUUCUUCCUGGAGCUAGCGGUGGGCCAGAAGAUCCGACGUGGGAGCAUCGGGGUGUGGAACUACGUGUGCCCCCAACUGGGUGGGAUAGGGGUGUCCAGUCUAAUGGUGUGUGGCUUUGUGGGGCUCUACUACAACGUCAUCAUCGGCUGGAGCAUCUUCUACUUCUUCCAGUCCUUCCAGUACCCACUGCCAUGGGCCGAAUGCCCUAUCAGGAGGAAUGGAUCAUUAGCCAUCGUGGAGCCUGAGUGUGAGAAAAGCUCGGCCACCACCUACUUCUGGUACCGCCAGACUCUGAACACCACCAGCACCAUCGCAGACAGCGGCGGCCUGAACGUCAAGAUGACCCUGUCUCUGCUGGUGGCCUGGAUCAUCGUCUGCCUAGCUGUCAUCAGAGGCAUUGCGUCCUCCGGGAAGGUGAUGUACUUCAGCUCGCUGUUUCCCUACGUGGUGCUCUUCUGUUUCCUGGUGAGAGGUUUGCUGUUGAAGGGUGCUGUCGAUGGCAUUGCACACAUGUUCACUCCCAAGCUGGAGAAGAUGCUGGAGCCCCAGGUGUGGAGGGAGGCAGCCACCCAGGUGUUCUUUGCCCUGGGCCUGGGCUUCGGUGGAGUGAUUGCCUUCUCCAGCUACAACAAGAUAGACAACAACUGCCACUUUGACGCCGUGCUCGUCUCCUUCAUCAACUUUGUCACCUCCAUCCUGGCUACUCUGGUGGUGUUCGCCGUGCUGGGCUUCAAGGCAAACCUCAUGAACGAGAAGUGUGUCAUGGAGAAUGGAGAGAAGAUCCUUGGCUACCUGAACUCUAACGUCCUGAGUCAUGACCUCAUUCCGCCACACGUGAACUUCUCCCAGCUGUCCACCGUAGACUACGCUGAGAUAUACGCCGUCAUCAAGACGGUGAAGGAGGGCAGCUUCGCCGAGCUGAGCCUGGACCCCUGUGUCCUGGAGGAUGAGCUUAACAAGUCUGUGCAAGGUACAGGCUUGGCUUUUAUUGCCUUCACCGAGGCCAUGACUCAUUUCCCAGCCUCUCCCUUCUGGUCUGUCAUGUUCUUCUUCAUGCUCAUCAACCUGGGCCUGGGCAGUAUGAUCGGCACCAUGACAGGCAUCACCACGCCGGUCCUCGACACCUACAAAGUCCAGAAGGAGCUCUUCACAGUGUGCUGCUGCAUCAUAGCCUUUUUCUGUGGCCUCCUCUUCGUCCAGCGCUCUGGGAACUACUUUGUCACCAUGUUUGAUGACUACUCCGCUGGUCUGCCUCUCACUGUCGUGGUCAUCCUGGAGAAUGUGUCAGUGGCCUGGAUCUACGGCACCAAGAGGUUUAUGCAGGACCUGGAGGACAUGUUGGGUUUCCGGCCCCACGCCUUCUAUUUCUACAUGUGGAAGUACGUCUCCCCUUGUUGUCUCAUCGUUCUCAUCACAGCCACCGUUAUCGAGAUGGUCAUCAGCCCGCCAGGGUACAAUGCAUGGGUAGAAGAACUGGCUCAGGAGCGUUUCCAGAGCUACCCUCCCUGGGCAUUGGCCAUGUGCUUCUCCCUCAUUGUGGUGGCCAUGCUUCCUCUCCCCGUCGUCUUCAUCGCCCGCUAUUUCAACCUGAUGUCCGACGGCUCCAACAAGCUGUCUGUCUCCUAUCGCAAGAGCAUGAUGAAGGACAUCUCCAACCUGGAAGAGGUGGACGAGGCGCGCUCCAUCCUGGGCAAAAACCCAGGAGAGACGCCCUCGCCUAAGCCCCCAUCCCAAGCCUACCUCGGCCCCCCCGGCACCAACCCCCUGGAAAACCCUAACUCCCUGUCCCCCAACAGCUGCUACGGGACAAGCUACCAGAACGCCAUCAGCCCACAACCUCCACCACCCCUAUCACCCCCACCACCACUGAGUUCAACUCAUGAUCACUGUCCAUCUUCUUCAUGUCCCUCCCCUAGCCUGACCCUAGAUCCCUAACUAUCUCUCCCUCCUAGGCCAUCUCACCCUCAACCCUAUGUAGUCUCACCACCAGGGGGUGCUGCAGCGCUUCCCAAAACUCCACAACCACCACCCUCACCCACUCAGUGACCCUUAUCGCAGGACACCCCUCUCCCUUCCCCCCCAGCCCCAGAGGUUAGAGUUUACUGCAGCAGAGGUGACUGCCACACAGGCUUCUGCUUUGACAAUGAACUACAUGUUCAGGUGUCUGGGAUGUUGCAGUGGUAUGUAUCAAUCCCUACUGGAGGGUAUGCAAUGCUGAACAUCCAGUAUGUUUUGGUCUAGAUCAGGGAUCCCUAAAAGGUGGCCCGCGGGUGAUUUCAUUUUGCCCCCCAAUUUUUAUAAACAAACAUGUUCAUUGUUGGACAUAAAAUCAUCAGGAAAUCAGCUUAAAGAAAUAUGUUCCUAAAUAUUCCCACGGAAAAAUAGAGAGGCAUAUGUGAUCGUAUCCCAAUGUAAUCAAGGUUUGAAAUGAUUCUGUUUUUGUCAAAUACUAUAUCUGUUUGGGAUUCUUGUGGUCAAUUUGCAGUGUACAAAUAAUUUCUAACUAUGUUCCGGCUCCCCGACCAUCCACUCAAGGAAGAGCCGACCCACGGCUGAAUGUAAUUGGGGAAACCUGGUCUAGAUGUUUUUAGAGUGGUAGUUGAAGAGGCUCAAUAGAGAUGGACCCAAUAAAUGUUUUUUUCUUCCCCUCACGCAUAUUGAUAGGUAAUAAUAAUGACACUAUAAAGUACGAGAUUGACAGUAACCUAAUAACCUCAUAACAGGUUAACAUUUGCAUAAUAUUUGGCCUCUAGGGAGUGUUAUAUGGUCUGCUUUUCAUGCUUAUUAUAGACAGAGGUCAGGGGAAUGUAGAGGAACCUCAUAUUUACAUUGCCAUUAAGUGACAACUGAAUGUGAGUAGCUAUAUAUGCUUGUUGCAGGUUUGAAGCCUUUUAAGCAUUGCAGUGUCCGUCCUCUAUACCAUAUUAUAGCCAUAGAGUGUGGUUAUGCUUUACCUUUAUUUUAUGUGGAACAUUUCCUUGUAAUUUAGUGUGCCACUGAAGCACUUGAGUGAACCGCUGCUCUUGACACACCUCCUUUCGCUUCAAUGCAAUACCUGCUUCAGCUAAAACUGUUUAGAGGCAGGAACAAUAUUGUUUGCAGUCUAGAGGGCUUUGUAAAGCCACUGUCUUCAUUGUCUAUUUGCUAGUUUCGGGUUGGGGGGGAGGGGGGGGGGUAAUAAAGGCCCAGUUCUAUGUGUAGGAGUUAUAUAAUGUUACUUCAGGCCACGCAUAGCUGGUGUAUUAGAAACUUCAGUACCUCCACCAAAGAGUGAAAACUAGAUAUUAAGGACAUACCGUCGACUACAUCCUGUACAUACACCAUAGAAAUUCAUGAACAGAUCACCAUCAAUUUCAGAGGAGGAAUACAGGCAGAAAUGCACUGUAUAAUGUGCUGCUAUUGAUGUAGAAGCUGAAAGAAGAAUAGUUCAGUCAGAAUUUUAAAUGGUACAGAUGAAGCUACAAAAUGAGUCCCUGACAGACAGAAAACAUUUUUGACAAUCUCAUAUUAUGAUUCCCUGUUUAAAUUACUACCAAGCACAUAAAUGGCACAAUUUCACAAAUGGAUUGACAUAACAAAUCACUUUAAAUAAUUAUUCAACACAAGACAAAUUGUAGUAUGUAGGCACAAACUUGAAUGGUCACAAAUAAGGAAUGCACAAAUAGAGUUGUAUGGGCACAAAUAGGAUUGUACUAGAGACAAUGUGAUGAUUAAGGCACAAACUAUGGUCGUGGCAGACCAAUAGAACUGGAGCUGAAUAUACAGUACAAACAAAAAGCAACAUGAAUGGAUCCCUUUAAGCACAAAUACAACUCCCCACUUCACCUUCUCUUAUCUUCUACAGUAAUGGACCAAACAAUGUGGCAAUCGCUAUUGGACCAAAUCAGAUGAAAGUCGGAUUGUAAGGCAGUCUCUAUUUAUUUAUACUCAUAAACAGAAUGGCAGUGCUUCCUGCUUUAAUAUUGUCUGAAUUUAAACCAAGAGCAAUUUUCCAUUUGACUAUUUCAACUAAUCAAGCCAGAUAGAGAACUCAUACAAUCACACAGUAUUGUUUUAAUCUGCCAAGACCUUUUCCCGUAAGCAUUUACUUACCUUCAUUACACACUCAGCAAAGAUUUGAAACAUGCUGUUGACAUAAGUCAAAAGUACAAGCUAAAUAAGGAGGCACCUUUUCCCCACAACAUAGCCCAAUUUAGUAAAACUAUACUUGACCUGUCACUCUUCUCAAUUGAUUUACAAAAUUAUUCCAUUUUAGCUAACUUUAUUUUUUACAGAGGAUUCCUUUAUUUAUUUUUUUAGCACAAUGUUCAAAGCCAUGGUGUUGAUGAUUAAAUUGACUAUAUUUAUUUUACUAUAUAAUAUUCUGUGUAUGUUGGUGUACAUUUCAUUGAAUAUUUGAAUAUUUCUCCAUUUUGUAGCUGGUAUACCUUAUCUGUGAUUAUGGGAGUGUAAAAUGAGUUGGAAGAUGGUUUGGGGGGGGGGUACAGUACGUUUACCUUGUGGGAUCCCAAUGUAGACUUUAUGAUGGUAUAUUGUCGAACUCUGGCGAGCUCUGGUUCUCAUGCGUUCCUCUCUCAGCUGCUUAUAAAGAGGCGUAGCCCUCCAGAUAAGAACACAUGAAUAAGCAUCUCCAUACAGUAGGUUACUGCACUAUCCCACCAGUCUUUGGUUUAAGUUCUAGUCAAGCUUUGUUUUAGUCAUUGGCCUGGAGCCAGUUGCUCUUGUAAUUGUACCAUGUCGAAAUCGCUCACAUUAAAAGUCUGUAAAUAUUAGUGUCUGUAGGAUUCUACAACCAAUAACAAUCAAAUUAUUAUAAAGAUAGAACAAAACUUGUGAAAUAUUUAAAUGUCUUAACACUGCAGAACUGUUUUAACAGAUCAUGUGGAAGAAAAUACUAUUGAAUGUGAAUAUGAAAGCACUUUUUCACUUAAUCUAAAAUAAGUAUUGUUUUCUUUUUGUUCUGUCUGCAUAUUGGUACGCUCAAUGUUUGCCCUAGCUUAGGUACAGUCUGUGUUAAAGCAAUAUCUUAUUAUAUAUAUAUUAUACUGCUGGAGCUACGGGAUGGGAGGAUACAACCUCUAUAGGGAAAAUAAAUAGUGGUCAGACACUGCCCCUUUGUAGCUAAAGUGUUAUAGUGAAUCUCAACAUAAUAUAUGAGUGUGUGGAUUUGUGGAUUUGUGUGUCUGAAUCUGUGUUAGUGUAGAUUUCUUCUGAUAAUAAGUGGGUGCAGGGCCUUACCAAGCACUCUCUCUUCAGCCAUGAUGAUUGUACAGUAUUGAAGCUACAUGUGUAAUAAUGAUUUGUGGAUAUAACUGCACAUAUCAAUAAAGAAUAAACAACUUG